AUGACAACCCACACCCCCCUCACCCGCGCCAAAGAACAAAUCCACGGCGACGAGGAAGCCGGCAGCGAACUGAAACUCGGCGAAUUCCAAAACGUCUCCAGCCUAACGCUCAGCGAGACGAAGGAGGUCCUGACAGCCGUCUUCAACCACAGGCGCGAGCAGGGGAAAUUUAAAGUUCCCGAUAACGAGUAUGUAUCCAUCAACCACCCACCACCACCACCACCAGCAGCAGCAGCCAGCUAACGCUGGUAAAAAAAAAUGGGUGAAUUUAGGGUGGUCACCAAGACGCAGCAAUACCUGGAGGUCUUUUCCCGCUUCAAGCAGCGGGAGAGCGUGCAGGCCGUCGAGCGCAUCCUGGCGUUGCAGACCGAUCUCGUCGCCUUCGAGAAGAGUCAGUUGGGGACGCUUUGCUGUGAUAGUUCUGAUGAGGCCAAGGUGCUCAUACCCAGUAUCGAGGGGAAGAAGAGUGAUGACGAUUUGCAGGAGUUGUUGGAUGAGAUUACAAAGUUGAGGCAGUUUGUUUGA